AAUCACAUGCGAAAGAGGGAAACUGCACAUGGGCAUACGCACAACCAGAGGUCAAAAUGUUUUUUUCCCCAAAUUUUUUUCCCUCGUGACAGAGGUGUGUGUUAGUAACCCGGAAGGGGGUCAACUUUAACCACGUUUUACGCGAUACAAAAACAAAUCUUUAGAUCUACUUACAACUGUAGAAGCAACUCACUCCGAAGGGUCGAACUUCAUAUUGGUUUUUAGCGCACCAACAUUUUCCUUGAGUUGCUUAUCGAACAGAAAAAGAAAAAUAGUCUACCAUUUUACUUGGGUUUCAAGUUUGUAUCAUUUGUGGAUAGACCCAUCUUGCCAAUCGCAGCAUCUCUCCACAGAAACCAUUCAAAAAUUAAAAACCCUAUAGAUUUGCAGUCAAGUGUGAGACUGUUUUGGGUUUUAGAUUUGGUGUCAAGAUCUGGGUUUUGGAUUUUAGUCUCCAAAAAUGGCGGAAGAGAAGGAAUCCACGUCAGUUCCGUUGAGUCAGAGCGUGGCCGAUGCAGAAGAUCCGGUCAAGUCUCCCCCAAACUCGCCCAAUUCUUCCACUCGCAAGGCUUGCUGUUAUGUCCUUCAAAGUUGGGUUUCAAAGAAAUUCAUGACCGGAUGUAUCGUUCUCUUCCCUGUUGCAGUUACAUUUUUCGUGACCUGGUGGUUUGUUGAGUUUGUUGAUGGCUUCUUCAGUCCAUUAUAUGAGCAGCUAGGAAUUGACAUAUUCGGACUUGGAUUUGUCACAUCUUUACUCUUUGUCUUCUUUGUUGGUGUUUUCGUCUCAUCGUGGAUUGGAGGAACCGUUUUCUGGAUUGGAGAAUGGAUUAUAAAACGAAUGCCCUUUGUUAGGCAUAUAUAUUCUGCUUCCAAACAAAUUAGUGCCGCAAUUUCUCCAGACCAAAAUACAACUGCAUUCAAGGAGGUGGCAAUUAUUCGUCAUCCACGUGUUGGUGAAUACGCAUUUGGUUUUAUCACAUCAUCUGUCACCCUUCAGACAGAUGAUGGAGAUGAAGAGUUAUGCAGUGUUUUUGUCCCAACAAAUCACUUAUACAUUGGCGAUAUACUAUUGGUCAACUCCAAGGAUGUCAUCAGACCAAACCUAUCUAUUCGCGAAGGCAUAGAGAUCAUUGUUUCUGGGGGAAUGACAAUGCCGCAGAGGAUCUCUCCUGCAGACAGAGGUGCGCGGCAGGGUGAAAGAAUUCCUCUCAACCGACUAGUUUAACAAUAUUGGCUUUAAAGGCUUGUUCAUGUGUAAUCAAUGUUGAAGUUUCUAUUUACUUGCAAUUACUCUCCGUUGAUGACCCGAACAGAAUUAAGUGUGUUAGUCAUAGCUGACGAUAGAUGUUGCGAAAGUGUUGUAAAAUAAUGAGUGAAUUUGAGCGAUGGGUUUGAUUUUCCCUCUUAAUAGUAUCAUCACCGGUAAUUUUCCUUUUA